CUUUGUUCUUUUGUGCGGUUUGUCUCAGAGUUGUGAGCGAGGGUUGCUGAGAAUGGCCAGGACCAAGCAGACCGCCCGUAAAUCCACCGGUGGCAAAGCCCCCCGUAAGCAGUUGGCCACUAAAGCUGCCCGGAAGAGCGCGCCUGCGACUGGGGGAGUGAAGAAGCCUCAUCGCUACCGGCCCGGCACUGUUGCUCUGCGAGAGAUCCGCCGCUACCAGAAAUCUACUGAGCUGCUCAUCCGCAAGUUGCCCUUCCAGCGCCUGGUCCGUGAAAUCGCCCAGGACUUCAAGACCGACUUGCGCUUCCAGAGUUCGGCCGUUAUGGCCCUGCAGGAGGCCAGCGAAGCCUACUUGGUGGGGCUCUUUGAGGACACCAACCUGUGUGCUAUUCACGCCAAGAGAGUCACCAUCAUGCCCAAGGACAUCCAGUUAGCCCGGCGUAUCCGAGGCGAGAGAGCUUAAAAGCUUGAUUACACCCACCAGCUUUUGGCAACUAGAAA